AUGGCUGCUAUCUUCUUAGUAUCCUUGUUUUGUCUGGCAAUUGCUUAUGUUGCUUAUUAUUAUUGGUGGGUAGGAAAGUAUCCCAAAGGCCCCACACCUAUACCUUUGGUUGGAAACAUUCUGACGUUUGACUUUGAAAACUCUCAUACAUAUCUCCAAGAACUAUCCAAACAGUAUGGAGAUGUCUUCACAAUUUUCAUUCCACAACCUACUGUUUGCGUCAUGACUUACGAGGGGAUGAAGGAUGCUUUCGUGACCAAAGGAGACGACUAUCUUGGAAGGUCAGGAUUGUUUCCCGAUGAUAUUUUCCAAUGCAUCAAGAAUGGUGGCAUAGUGUUCUCAGAGGGAGAUGAUUGGAGAGACGCUCGGAGAACCUCCUUGCAUAUUUUGAGGGAUUAUGGUAUGGGGAGCCAACAAAUGGACUUUCAAGUGAGGGCUUCCAUGGAAGACUGCCUGUGUCAUCUGAGAGAAAUGUGCGCUGGAGACACUCCAGUUAAUUUCAGAUGGCCAUUGCAGCUGUUUGUGGGCAAUGUAAUAUCCAAUGUCCUUUUCGGUCUACGAUACAAGUAUACUGAUUGUGAAGAAGUUAAGAAGUUCUGUCACUUGUUAACUGGAGAGUUUGUGGAUAUGAAGGAAAACAAAUACAUCUUCUUACCAAGAUUGAUCCCAGGGUUUGAGAAAGUCCCAUAUUUUGGACACAAAGCUUCUGGACAGUUCAAAGACAUGGCGGAUCAGAUGUACGAAUUGGUUGAACGUUAUGUGAAAGUUGCUUUGAAAGGAUAUGAUCCGAUGGUGGAGGCUGAUAACUUCUGCCAGUCAUACUAUCAGAGAAAAAUGAAAGAAGGAACAUAUGAUGAAAAGAAACUUUUGAAUAUCUGCAUGGACUUCUACAUUGCUGGUAUGGAAACUACUUCAACCACAUUACGUUGGGCGAUUCUCUUCUUGACUGAGCACCAAGAUGUUCAAGACAAAAUGAGAGCUGAAAUCGAAUCAGUGCUUGGUCAUAAUUCUCCUACGUUGGGUGAUAAGUCAAAACUUCCAUAUUGCAAUGCUGUUAUUAAUGAAGUACAAAGAAAAGCUAACAUUGUUUCCAACAAUGCUAUACAUAGGACCACCAAAGAUACUUCAGUCCUCAACCACUUUGUUCCAGCGAACUCAUUGAUUAUCGCUCAUAUCUACAAUAUCAAUGCUUCUUCUAGUGUCUUUGUUAAUCCUGAGAAGUUCUCGCCUGAACGGUUCUUGGAAGAAGACGGAAUAAAAACUAAAAAAGAAGUCGCGGAACAGUUAGUUCCAUUUUCACUGGGUAAAAGACAGUGUGCCGGAGAAGGGUUAGCUAGACUCGAGCUAUUCCUUUGUAUGACAACUCUGGUUCAAAGCUUCAAACUUGAGAAACAUCCAGAUCAUCCUCUAGAUUUCAAGCCCAUCAACGGCGUUGUUCUUUUACCUCGAGACCCAGAAGUGACAAUAACACCUCUGAAAUUUUAA